UGCGGGAACACAAAGACGUCCGCUUGUUGGUCGGUCGCAACAUGUAGAAGAAGGAAGCACCGUGCGGUAGGGCUCGAGUCUCUGUAGCAGCUGGAAGAUAUCCGAGCUGAAAUUCGCCCGGCUGGCAGCUCCUCAUUCUCACUUUUGCCAGCAACUGCCAAGCAGCUUACUACUCCACCACCUCCACCCCACUCUCCAUCUAGUAUCAUGAAGGUCUUCGGCUUCCUCGCUGCUGCUCUUGUCAUCGCCGUCGCUGCCGGCCAGAGCACCUCCACGGCUGCCUCGACUGCCUCGUCGGCUGCUGCCACGACGGCCACCACCUCGGCCGCCACCUCGACCGCUUCGUCGGCCGCCACGGACGCUGCUGCUACGACCGCCCCUGCUGCCGCUGGCUCGGCUGCUGCCGGCUCGACCGUGAGCGGCACGGUCGGCACGACCUCGGGCUCCUCGGACGCCGCCACCACCUCGGGCUCCAGCGGCACCACCACGACCUCUUCGGGCUCGUCGGACGCCACUACCUCGGGCUCCACGGCUUCGUCGGAGGCUUCGGCUUCGGCUUCGGGCUCGUCGGGUGCCGCCUCGGUGGCUGCUGGCAGCGUCGCCGCUGUGACCGCCGCCGUCGUGACCUACUUCCUGUAGGCGCCUGGAGUUGUAAUGUUGCAAAUGCGCAGUUCCGCGUGACGUGCUCGUUGCUUGAAUAGAGUUCAUUGCGACAAACUAGCAGCGGGCACGUAGUCUCCCCUGCAUGUUUGAGGAGCGCAUGGUGCUUCUCCAGUAACGAUAAAAAUACAAAAAAUACCUGAAAAAUAACUCGAUCUUUUGAUAAGAUAUCGGUGAGUGACACAGAACGAUUAUCGUUUGCAAUUUGAUGCCAUCCCAA